UAUGAGUUCAUUCCAAAGUUCAACCAAAACAAAACUCAGCUGCUACCAAUCUCUCUUUCUCCCGCUCUCUACGAUCUACGCGCGGUCGACACACUGCUGCUCCGGUCCCAACGCAAGGGCUUUUCCCAGUUGCCGAGACAAACCCAACCAUAAUCCGCAAUCGUCAUUCGACUGGAACUCACAUCUCCGGCCACACGCUCCAACAUCUUGUUGCUUUGCUGCGAUCUGACGACGACGACGACGGCAGCCAGCGGCAGUUCCCAUCCCGUGCUUCGAUCAGUCAGUCGGUCAGUCGGUGACGAGAGGCGAAUCAGUUUGGUCGAUUUUCACGUGGUGACGACGGUGCACACCUGUGUCGCGAAACACGCAUUGUAGUACAGAAAGUGCAAGUGGCUGCUCUUUUGUUUGUUAUACUCGUAUUGUUGCUAUCGUUACGCGCGUCGCGAGCUCGCGUUAAACGCCCACUCUUCGGCUCCGUAUGUGGUUUUAGAGACCAGAUUUGCGAAGCAAAUAAAACAAAAAAAAACGACGGCGGAAUUUUUGCGCCUUGAAACGCGACAUGAGACGUGUUUUUUGUGCUGUUUAAAGUUGUAUUGAUUAAGGCACUAACGCUGUGUUAACGGAUUUGUGGUGGCGCGCCUUGCGAGUGAAUGUUCGUGACCUUCGCCUGUGGAAGAUUGCUUUGGCAUUUAAAGUAGCCGGCGCGUGUAGAUGUGCUAGAACGGGUCGAUAGUGUGUGCGAAGUUGCUGCUCAAACAAGUUCUUCGCGUAUUCGUCGCGUGUGUAGAUGAAAAAAAGGUCUUCAUAAAAAGCGGAAACAAUUUGCCUGGUCCAAUCGUCCGGCGAGAGAAUAUUUACGGCGAGUCGAUAAUAUUGUCAUGAGAGUUGCGGGAACUGGGUUGGCAACACGGGUUUGAUUGGAAUCGUGAGAUCACUGGAUUAUAAUCGUAACUCCCGAUCGGAACGGGAUUGCCAGGUGUAGUUAAUCAAAACAAUAAAACUCGUAUUCCAGUGAAUACAAGCGCUGCUCUGAUCGUGAAGUAUAAGACGCGUGUAUAAGGGAGCUGAACCGCGAAACUAGACCGUAACAUCGGCAUAGCGGAUUGCACGGAACAGCACCGACCAACACCGCUUGAGCAGCACCAAGGUACAGUUAAUUUGCUCGGUACUCUAAUAUGUUUAAACAUUAAACCGGGGAGUUUGCUAUGGGCUACUGAACAGAGGGGCAGACCCGAAAAGAAUAGCCAGCAGCUUGCGUGCUUUAUGUGUCCACACCAGUCUCGAAACGAAACUGUGCUGUGAUUUGUGUUUAACAAGGUAACAGUAACCAAUCCGGCUUCCGAGCCUUUCCAGUACCCGUCGUUGGUGGAUGAUCCGCGAAGCGUGUGACGUAUUCAUGACUUCCCGGUGAGACGGGUUCUACUGCUGCAUAUGCUAAUGUCAGUGAUUGAAUUUCAGCGCAAUGACAGCUGCUCGUUUCUGAAUACAACAACUCAGUAUAAAGCUUUUCUGCAUUCGUUAGUGUAUGUGUUGAGGUGUUGCUCGUACAGAUAGACUCACUCAAGUUAAGCGAGAAAAGGAAACAGUUUGGUAUAGUGGAACAAGGAAAACAUUGUGUGUGCAGGUAAACAGAAGAUAAGAGCGGGGGGUUCGCAGUGUUUGAGGAUUAUUUACUGACUGCUUAGCGAAACAAUAAAAGAAGUUUAGAGCUUGAAGGUCUAUCGUUACAAUCAUCAGCCCUCUUAUUGGAUGUUACAUGUCGUUUGAUUGCAGUACGGAAAAGUGGCGUUUGUCGACAGCAGAGAGAACGACGAAUAUGACUAUUUUACCCUCUCGUCAAGACUAGAAAAACCUCUUCUGGAAGGCCCUUGCUUGCAACCUGAUGGGUUUUUGGUGGUUUUGUUUUAUUGUGCAACUCCGACCACAACAGCCUAGCAUCGGUCCGAUAACCGCUCAACAUUAGAAGUAAUGCAUAAUUAUCAUAAAAGUCAGUUGAGUGAACGCCCGUUCUAUUAACCUUCAGCCAGGAGAAGAGCACGAAGCACAAGCAUGACAAUUGCCAUAGGCGCCAACAAAGUGGUGCUAGUGCUAGUGGUGUUGCUUACGCACAAUUUGGCAAGCUCAUUUCCGCAAGAUUAUGAUUACGAGAUAGGAGCUGAACCGGAUGGACCAGGUAGAAAUAGAAGUAACCCACGGUUCACAUGUCCGGAGCCAACUUCAAUCAUCAACUGUGUCUGCAUAUACGCCAUCAAAGAUUAUGCAAUCCAUUGUCCUUUUUCUAAUCCGGAUAUAACGGUGAAUAUCGAUCCUGGAAAAAUCGCAAAAAUCCAGUGUAACGAAAAACGAAAUUUCAGCGAAAUGUUCGUGCUGACCGUGGAUAACGCGAGUCAAGUUAAUAUCAGCGAUAUGCCCAUGCUGACCGUAGGUAACACACAUCAAGUAGAAAUCCAUUCUUGCCCCUUGCCGCAGCGGCAAUCGAUUCCGCAGUUCAUCAGCUUCCUUGGCGUUAAAAAUGUCAAAAGUUUCGUGUAUCAGACACACGCCAAAAAUCUGGGAGUUCAUCUGGUUCGGCAACAUUUCGAGGGCAUGCAGGAUCUAGGGAAAUUGUGCCUAAGAUCCGGCAUCGAAGACAUUCAGCCAGAUUUGUUUACGGACCUACCGCAUCUCAAGUGGUUGGAUCUAAGAGAAAAUAACGUCAACCUGUUGCACAACAUAUUUGACAAUUUAAUUAAUUUGGAGAUGCUGGAACUCGACGAUAAUCAGAUUGCAGAGCUAGAACCGGCUAUAUUCAAAAAUCAAAACAAGCUCCGUCACCUGAAUUUGUCGCGCAAUCAGUUACGAAACAUUACCAAAGACUCGUUCCGAGGAGCAGAGAAUCUCCAAGAGCUCGACCUCUCCGCCAACGCCAUCGAAUCGUUGCCAGAGGACGCCUUUAGUUUGCUGCCUAAUCUAAGCGUGCUCUAUCUUAGCGUCAACAGGUUCGUAAGUCUCCACGAACUGCUUUUAGCCAACAACCGUAAGCUCAAUGACUUGAGGCUCGACAAUAAUCAAGUACCGUUGCAAACUUUACCCGAAAAUUUUCUAAGCAAUCUACUGCAACUGAAAACCGUCAAACUUCAGGGAUGUAGCUUCACAAAUCUGCCAGCUUCGCUGUUCCGUAAUUCCACCGACAUCACCGAUCUGGAUUUGAGUUACAAUCAGCUCACUUCGAUGCCGAGGCUGCUGCUGCGAGAUCAACGGAAACUUCACGAUCUAAACCUAGCCUAUAAUAAAUUAGAAACGCUUCCAGAAGGGCUAUUCGAAAACACGAAAGAACUACAAACCCUUCACUUAUCAUUCAACCGGCUCUACAAUCUGUCAGCGACUGUGUUCGCUUCACUCACUAAACUGACCGUUCUAAACCUAGACAAUAACCACCUGCACAUCAUCGACAAGUUGACCUUCCACAGCACGCAUGCCCUGGAGAAACUGUACAUGCAGAACAACCAACUGUCCUUUCAAACCCUCGAACAAGACUCUGUCGAUGGAGACAAUACGCCGUUCCAAUCUUUAGAAGAGCUUAACGUUCUAAACCUACGCAACAACAACAUCACCACCAUCUUCAAUGAUUGGAAAUUCAACAACCUACAGCUGCGAGAGCUCGAUUUAAGUUACAACAACAUUUCAACCCUGACAUACCAAGAUCUACAGUUUUUGUCCCAGGAUAUCCACGUAAAUUUAUCUCACAAUCAAAUUUCCAAGAUCCACCUAAAAGACAUGGAACCAUUCAUAACAGCUGCGGGUCAGAAGGAUACAUCCAAAAUUAUAGUAGACAUCAACGACAACCCACUGAACUGUAACUGCGUCAUUUUCUCUUUUGUACAAUACCUGCUUAAAGAACUAGACAAAGCCGUUUACAAUAAAGUAACGCUCGACGCCACUCGAUUGUACUGUGCAGAACCUAAGGAACAUCACGGCAGCUUGGUUGGCCAGCUACAAACCAAAAACCUGCUCUGCCCGCUGGAUCAACUAGAUUCGAAUAUCGAACAAUGUCCUGCGAACUGCACCUGCUUCGUCCGGCCGCUCGAUUGGGGGGUUAUCGUCAACUGCACCGGACAGAGUCUGCUGGAGGUUCCACCACUUCCACAGCCUACAGAAUUUGGAUUCAACUUUUUGGAACUGCACAUCGAGAACAACAACAUCACCCGGCUGCCGACCGAGAAUCUCACUGGGUAUGCUGAGGUUGCUGAACUAUACGCCCACAACAAUGCAAUUUCACAGCUGGAACCCGAAAACCUGCCAUCGAGUCUACGCGUUCUGGACGUUACCAAAAACAGGUUGACUAUGCUGAACCAGAUGGUUGUUGAGGCCCUGAAUGACAGCAAACAGCUGGAGAGUCUGCGUAUUUCGGACAACAAGUGGAGCUGUGAUUGUGCUUCGACACAAUUUUUAAACUUUGUCCAACAGAAUCACAAGCGGAUUGAAGGUAAGGUGACCUGUGAGAACGGCAAGGAGUUCGACUCGAUCACCAUCAAUGAUCUGUGCCGGGAAAAUACAACCAUGAUCAUCACGAUCAGCGUUGUUCUGUCGAUAUUGGGACUUCUGAUUGGGUUGUUUACUGUGCUGUACUUCACCUACCACAUGGAAAUCAAAGUUUGGUUAUUUAUGCACAAUCUGUGCAUGUGCUGGGUAUCGGAAGAAGAACUCGAUAAAGAUAAACUGUACGACGCGUUUAUUUCGUACUCGCAUAAAGAUGAAGAUUUCAUUACGGAACACCUGAUGACCACGCUGGAGAAAGAACCAAUGAAUUUUAAGACUUGCUGGCAUGUACGCGAUUUUAUGCCGGGAGAAUUGAUUCCAACUCAGAUCGCCAAAUCUGUGGAAGAUUCUCGACGAACAAUCGUGGUACUUUCGAAAAACUUCCAAGAGUCGGUUUGGGCUCGAAUGGAGUUUCGAACAGCGCACCUUAACGCGAUGGCCGAAAACCGCGCACGAGUCAUCGUCAUCAUCUACGAUGAUAAGUUAGACUUGGAACACAUGGACACCGAGUUGAAGGCCUACCUCAAGUUGAACACCUACGUCAAAUGGGGCGAUCCGUGGUUCUGGAAUAAACUCCGCUAUGCCAUGCCACACCCGCCAGCGGUGAAAGGUUUGAAGAGAAGGGGUCUAACCACAAAUGACGACAAGCUAGAAUUGACAAAACCCAUCCCGGUUACUCCUCCACAACACACUACCUCACCACCGGAAAUGAAUGACCCAUUUGAUGACAAACCGGUCGGAAAAGGUUCCCGCGACCCCAACGGAGGACCCUCAAUGAAAGGGCACGUUGCAAACGGACAUGUCAACCGAACAUUUACCGUUUCAGCGUCAUCAUCAGCUGAGUGUAAAGGCAUAAACGGAUUAAUCUGCAGGUACGCUCGUUCUGCAGAAACUAGUUCUAUUAGCCGUCACCCAGGAGGAGGAGGAGCAAAGGAGAGAACAAGCACAAUCGCCAUGGGCGCCAACAAAGUGGUGCUAGUGCUAGUGGCGUUACUUACGCACAAUUUGGCAAGCUCAUUUCCGCAGAAUUAUGAUUACGUGAUAGGAGCUAACUACGCUGGAACUGGAGCAGGAUCGGGUGGAUCGUCCAACCCGGGUGCAGGGAGCGCUGGUGGUAGAAAUAGUAGUGAACCACGGUUCACAUGCCCGGAGCCAACUCCAAACAUCGACUGUAGCUGCAUGUACGCCAGUGCAGAUUACGAAAUCCAGUGUCCUGUUAUUAAUCCGGAAAUUACGGUGAAAAUCCUGCCAGGAAAAUACGCCCAGAUACAGUGCUACGAGAAAAACGAAUUCAGUGGAAUGCCCAUGCUGACCGUGGGCAGCACGGAUCAAGUGAAAAUCAUACACUGCCCCUUGCCGCAGCGGAAAUCGAUUCGACAGUUCAUCAGCUUCCUUGGUGUUAAAAAUGUCAAAGAUUUCUGGUAUCAGAACUACGGUAAAGAUCUGGGAGUUCGUUUGGUUCGGCAGCAUUUCGAGGGCAUGCAGGAUCUGGAGAAAUUGUUCCUAAGCUCAGGAAUCGAAGACAUCCAGCCAGAUCUGUUUGCGGAUUUACCGAAUCUCAAGUGGUUGAUUUUACGCAGUAAUCAUGUGAAACUAUUGCACAACGUAUUUGACAAUUUAACAAAUUUGAUGAUUCUGGAACUUGGCGCCAAUCAGAUUACAGAGCUAGAGCCGGGUCUAUUCAAAAAUCAGCACAAGCUUCGUCAUCUAAAUUUGUGGCGCAAUCAGCUACGUAACAUUACCAAAGAAUCGUUCCGAGGAGCAGAGACUCUUCAAGAGCUUGACCUCUCGGUCAAUGCUAUCGAAUCGCUGCAACAGGAUGUGUUCAGUUUGCUGCCCGAUCUCAGUGUGCUCAAUCUCAGCUUUAAUCGAUUCGUAAGUCUCCCCGAAUUGCUUUUAGCCGACAACCGUAAGCUCAAAGAAUUUAGAUUCAUCAACAACCAAGCGCCGUUGCAAACUCUGCCCGAAAAUUUCCUCAGCAAUCUACUGCAACUGAAAACCGUCAUACUCAACCGGUGCAGCUUCACCCACCUGCCUGCCUCGCUGCUUCGUGGCUCCACCGAUAUCACCCAUCUGGAUUUGAGCUACAAUCAGCUUAUCUCGCUACCGGAGCUGCUGCUACGAGAUCAACUGAAACUCCAAGAUCUGAACCUUGCCUACAACGAAUUGGAAACGCUCCCGGAAGGGCUUUUCGAAAACACGAAAGAACUUCUCACUCUGCAGUUGUCAUUCAACCGGCUCUACAAUUUAUCAGCAACUGUCUUCGCUUCACUGACUAAACUGACCGUCCUAAACCUGGACAACAACCACCUUCACAUCAUCGACCGGUUAACCUUCAGUAGCACGCCUGCCCUGGAGAAACUGUACAUGCAGAACAACCAGCUGUCCUUCCACUCGUUCAGCUUCGUCAUGGAGGAACAGGAUUUUGUGGAUGGUGACAAUACGCCGUUCCAAUAUUUAAACAAGCUUAGCGUUCUAAACCUGCGCAACAACAGCAUCACCACCAUCUUCCGUGACUGGAACUUCAACAAUCUAGCACUGCGAGAGCUGGAUCUAAGUUACAACAACAUCUCAACCCUGUCAUAUCUCAGUCUACAGUUUCUGUCCCAGGAUAUCCACGUAAAUUUAUCCCACAACCGAAUCUCCGAGAUUGACCUAAAAGACAUGGAACCCAUCAUUACAUCUCCGGGACAGCAGGAUAAAUCCAAAAUUCAAGUAGACGUCAACGACAACCCACUGAACUGUAACUGCGUCAUUUUCUCCUUCGUACAAUAUCUGCUUAAAGAACUAGACAGCACUGUAUACAGCAAGGUACAGCUCAACGCUAAUCAGUUGUACUGUGCAGAACCUAAGGAACAUCGCGGCAGCUUGGUUGGCCAGCUACAAACCAAAGACCUGCUCUGUCCGCUAGAUCAACCGGGCACGGAAAUUAAACACUGUCCUACGAACUGCACCUGCUUCGUGCGCCCACUCGAUCGUGGAGUUAUCGUCAACUGCACCGGACAGAGUCUGCUGGAGGUUCCACCACUUCCACAACCCACAGAGUUUGGAUUCAACUUUUUGGAACUGCACAUCGAGGACAACAACAUCACCCGGCUGCCAACCGACAAUCUCACUGGGUAUGCUAAGGUUGCUGAACUAUACGCCCACAACAAUGCGAUUUCACAGCUGGAGCCCGAAAAUCUGCCAUCAAGCCUACGCAUCCUGGAUGUUACCAAAAACCGAUUGACUAUGCUGAACCAAACGGUUGUUGAGGCGCUGAAUGCCAGCAAACAGCUGGAGAGUCUGCGUCUUUCCGACAACAAAUGGAGCUGCGAUUGUGCUUCGACACAAUUUUUGAACUUUGUUCAGCAGAAUCACAAGCGUAUUGGAGACAUCGGUAAGGUGACCUGUGCGGAUGGCAAGGAGUUCGACUCGAUCACCAUUAACGAUCUUUGUCGCGAAAAUACCACCUUGAUCAUCACGGUCAGCGUUGUUCUGUCGAUAUUGGGACUUCUGAUUGGAUUGUUUACCGUGCUAUACUUUACCUACCAAAUGGAAAUCAAAGUUUGGUUGUUUAUGCACAAUCUAUGCAUGUGGUGGGUUUCGGAAGAAGAACUCGACAAGGACAAACUAUACGACGCAUUUAUUUCGUACUCGCAUAAAGAUGAGGAUUUCAUUACGGAACACCUGGUGACCACACUGGAGAAAGAACCGAUGAACUUCAAAACUUGCUGGCAUGUACGCGACUUUAUGCCGGGGGAAUUGAUUCCAACUCAGAUCGCCAAAUCCGUGGAAGAUUCCCGACGAACAAUCGUGGUACUUUCGAAGAACUUCCAAGAAUCGGUCUGGGCCCGAAUGGAGUUCCGAACAGCGCACCUUAACGCGAUGGCCGAAAACCGCGCACGAGUCAUCGUCAUCAUCUACGAUGACGAUUUAGACAUGGAACACAUGGACACCGAAUUGAAGGCCUACCUCAAGAUGAACACCUACGUCAAAUGGGGCGAUCCGUGGUUCUGGGACAAACUCCGCUACGCAAUGCCACACCCACCAACGGUGAAAGGUUUGAAAGGAAAGGGUCUGAUAAAAAACCAUAUCAAAAGCUCUAUCGACGACAAGCUGGAAUUGAUCAAACCCGUCUCGGUUACUCCUCCACAACUUACAACCCCGCCAGCGGAAAUGAAUGGCAAACGGACUGCUCCAUUCAUCAUCUCUAAUGGCAAACCGGCCGGAAACGGUUACCACGCCACCAACGGAGGACCCAUAACGAAUGGGCACGUUGCAAACGGACAUGUCAACCGAGCAUUUACCAUUAACACUAAUGCCAAACAAAGUGACGUGUAGCCGACAGCUUCAGCGUCAUCAAUUCUUUGAACAAGCGACUCGUGAGAAGUUCUAUCAUUAGUAGCAGCAGUAACCAAACAUGAAUCAGACUGACGUAAGGCGGUGAGAUUAUAAACGAAAAAUAAAAACUCAUAACGACAACUCAAUCGGGCUCGAGCUGAAAAUACAACAAUCUGAAAUGUGAUAAAAGGGUAGUCCCGCGGGGCAGAACAUCGUGCUAAUUUGUUGACUAACAAAUAUCAGUCGUAUGGCAGAUUUUGGCUGCCCAUACCAACGCGGCUAAUAGGUAGAUAAACGAUUAAGCCAAUCUGCUUCCAUGAAAGUGUGGAAGAAACCUGAUAUUUUCCAAGAGUGUAAUAAUAAAGUAUCUAAAAAACGGCUCUGAUGCUUGUAAGCAAGGCCAGUAGCAGCGAGUAAUAAUUAGAGCUUUCGAGCUUCAAACUUAAACACGAAUCAUCGAAGAGCCUUUUGUACAUAAUAAAAAGACUUAUUUUUAUAUAUCAACUCGAAUAAGCAAUCAACUUUUCAGCAGACUAGCAUGUUCUGUGUUUAUGUAGCAAUUUAUGUUCUUGUAAAGUUUUCUAUCGUUAGCAAUGCGACUCUUGUCGUGUGCUUGACGAUCGGCUUGACACACUAAGCAGCGAGGUUCCAGAGAAGAUUUUUCCCCCACGUUUCUGUUUAGCGUAACAAUUUAAUUGAACCACAACUGCUAGUGAUCUCCGGGGUCCUUUGCGCACGAGUUAGUAGGGUUUUUUGCAUUAAAAUUUAGAAACAAAAAAAAACACUCCUAGCUGUAAGUAGUUUUGAAUAAAACACGAUGAAACAAGUAUCUGAUCUUAUCCAAAAAAAUGUAGCAAUAUGAGAAGACGAAUUGCCACAAGGGCGAAAUUAAAGAACUGUAUACAUAAAAUAAAGUUGUAAAUUUUUAGCUAGUGUA